AUGCCAAACCACUACACCUCGAAUCGUAAUGUCGCUGCAACAGUAUCUCGUGACCCUUUUUUCGAGGCCGAUAGGGCAGCCAGAGCCCUAUGUCACAGCCACAAGUCCACCGAAGGCUACAAGAUGGGUCACAAAUGCGUCGCUACUCGUAAUGAACUAGGACCUGCAACGGGUUCUCCGUUUGGAAGGAAUGUGGUGCCGGAGUACUCAGUUGAUGGCUGGUUCCGAUUUGUUGUGGCAGGAGACUCUCCCCUAUUCAUUAGUAUGUACGUCAGUAUAAACGUCGGUAUGUACAUCAGUAUGUACCUAAGGGGAACAACCGCUGCUACGCGUCUGGGUACCCAUCUCAAAACCAGAGAUCGGCGGCUAGACAGCUUGAGUGGUAUGGACAAUAUAAAGAAACGCCAGGACACGCCGUGCAUAUGA